ACCACGCCGCCGACUCCAGUUGCCUCGCAGCUGCCGCGCGCGUCCGUCGCAUAUUUAAUGCGACACAGCCGCUUCUCUAACAUAAUAUGGAUAUACAUCACAUCCGCGCUCUCGUCACCGUUCAGUUUACAUAUUUGUGGUUUUGCGAAGUCUUCGACAAGUAUAAAUGGAUUAUAUUGUAAAGUGAUUCUGGAAACGAUUAAAUUUAUAAGGUCCGCAUUGGAAUUUCUAGUAUGGCUAAGCGGCGCGCCGACGUGUUCGGCACAUGGCACUGUAACUGUGCGAUCGAAUUCUGGUGCAAAUGUGAUUUUAUACAAGUGUAGUGGAUAAUUUAUUUAUUAAAAAUUAUAUAUCAAUAUAUAAAUUUAUAUAAUAUUUAAAGCAAGAUGGAACGUUUCAAAUGUUUGUACAGACGGUCUUCCGAAAGUGAAUUGCAGUGUUUUUAGUACUUCGUGCUAAUUAGUUAUUUAGACGUUUGUGAGUGUACGUAACGGAGUAUGCUGAUCAAUACAUUCCUUGACACGGAGGAUUUCGUGCACCUUUACUACCCCGAGGAUGAGCCGACUCAGGCUCAGGGAUGCGGUGCGGGGGCUCGUAUGGCCUCCAAGUACCCGCCACGGCCACCCUCGCCUGAAUACAAACAGGUGUCCUCAUCGUCUGUAGGCGAGAUGAGCGAGCGCGAGAGAUACCGCGCGCCUCCACAGCCCGAGCCGCCGCCGCACCGCGUGCGCGCCGCUGAUCUCUACCCGAGGUUGCGCGCGCAUCACGACGAGCCCGGCCUCGAUGCUGGCUUCACGCCUAUAUGCGGCGAGUAUGUGCAGUGGGUGGGUCGCGUGGUGGACGGCGGCACCAUCUCCAUGUCCAACUACCGCCUGCACGUGCAGCCUCGCCGUCGCGCUGGUCCAGGUGCUUCUGUGCCGCUGCGGCUCAUAGACGGUCUCGAGAUCCGCGAGCUGCUAUGCCUGCUCGUACUCUGCAAGCAUGGGAGACAGAUCAAAUGUACGUUUACAACGGGCGAGCAGUGUUUGGAGUGGUGGCGGAGAUUGACCACGGCGUUAGCGCCGCUGUCUUCGUUACAAGAUACAUUCGCAGCCGCGUACGCAGCGUGGGCAAAGGAGCAACCGCCCGCGUCCGUGCACCGCGCGCUUAUGAGGGCAUCGCAUGCACCGCAAAGGCAUUGGUUCGGACCUGAGGUUGAAAGACUAGGCUUCACGACUAAGGGCGCAUGGCGAGUGACAGCUGCUAACGCGGAGUAUAAAUUGUGUCCGUCCUACCCGCCUUUACUGCUAGUGCCCGCUACCAUCGGGGAUGAGGAUCUCGACUCUGUUGCCAGAUUUAGAGCGAUGCGUCGCAUGCCGGCGGUGGUGUGGCGACACCGCGGCAACGGCGCGGUUAUCGCGCGCUCCUCGCAGCCCGAGGUGGGCUGGCUCGGCUGGCGCUCUAAUGAAGAUGAACGGCUAUUAGCCGCCUACGUCACCGCCUGUAACGCUGAUCGCGGCACUCAACCUCCCGCUACCAACAAGCAAGUGAAGCUGCUGAUAGUGGACGCGCGGUCGUACGCGUCCGCGGUGACGAACCGCGCGCGCGGCGGCGGCUGCGAGUGCCAGCAGUACUACCCGGCGGCCGACAUCCAGUUCAUGUGCCUGCCCAACAUACACCACGUGCGCCGCAGCUUCCACCAGCUGCGGGCGCUCGUCGCCGACUCCGAUGAUCAGGCCAAUUGGCACAGCAACCUGGAGCGCACGCUGUGGCCGCAGUACGUGGCGGGCGUGUGCCGCGCGGCCGGCGUGGUGGCGCGCGCCGUGCUCGCCGCGCGCCCCGUGCUCGUGCACUGCUCCGACGGCUGGGACCGCACGCCGCAGAUCGUAGCCGCCGCACAACUCGCACUCGACCCCUACUACCGCACCGUUGAGGGCUUCCGCGUGUUGAUCGAACGCGAGUGGUUGGACUUCGGGCACAAGUUUGCGGAUCGUUGCGGACAUCAGUUCGGUGCGGAGGACCCGAACGAGCGGUCACCCAUCUUCUUACAAUGGCUCGAUGUUGUAUACCAGAUGAUGCUGCAGUAUCCUUGCAGCUUCGAGUUCAAUGAGGCAUAUCUCAUAAAGCUAGCAACACACGUGCAUUCGUGUAUGUUCGGCACGUUCCUAUGCAACACGCGGCGCGAACGUAUCGAGAGUCGUGCGGACGGCGCCGCGCACGUGUGGCACUUGCUUCGCGCUCCCGCCUACCGCAACCAUCUCUACUCACCGCAUCAACAUCAACAGGUGUUGUGGGUGGACUGCAGCGUGCGCGCCAUGCAGCCCUGGUGGGGCAUGCUGUGCGGCGAGCGAGAGCGAGAGAGAGAACACGACCCCCCGCACCUCGACCCCCCGCCACAGAACGGAUUGAUGACGAAAACAAGAUCUUGUGACAACUUGUUGAGUGACGGAGAGAAACAUACCACCCAGAGGCGGCGCAGCGACCCCAGCAUCGCACCUGAUGUUAUGAAGUUGUCGUCGCUAGUGUGUCGCGACAGUCGCGCGCUGACAGACAGCUGCGUGGACGAGCUGGCGCCAGCGCUCGCCGGCGCCACGCCAGCGCCCGCGCCCUCGCCGCAGCCCUCCACCAGCCAGAUCGAAGUGGAAGGUUUGAAUCCGGAGCACUUCAGCCAGCCUUCGGGCAGCGCGUCUUCGUCACUGGAGCGGGAGCUGGUGCGGGCGGCCACCGGCACUGACUGCACUGACAGCACGGACGGCUCCCCGCCGCCGCCCGCCCCCACCGCCCCCGCCCCUACACCACACGCGCUGCAGAAUGGUGUGGUUGGCGAGCUGUCGCAGAGCGUUCUUCGCACGCCGGACGACGACACGCCCGACGAGCCCGCCGUCUUCCUCGCUGACACUUACUCUGAACUCCUGCCCAUGCCUGAAGCUUCAAGGGAAAGUGGACGUACUCGCAAUAUAAGCAUAACAUGGCGGUCUAUCUCUGAGUCUAGCAACCAAUCGUCCACCGGGUUCGACAUCGCGGGCACGCCCCCCGCCGCACGCACCGACAGACCCCCCGACCGACAUGAGCCCCCCGCCAUUGACACCCGGUGCACUGACGUCGACGUCGACAUCGUCAACCACAACGUCACCGCGGACGUUACCACUGACGUCAUCGGCAACGUCACCGCUGACGUCACGGACGACGGCCCCCUCACUAACGGCGUCGUCAAUGGACUCAAUGAUAUAUCUGCCAAGUUCAUGCAAGUCGAUUUAAAUGGUGGUGCGUCAUCAAGCGGCGCGAGUUCAGAGAGCGAGGGCGAAGGUUCGGGGUCCGCGCGCGGCGCCGCCAGCCAGCUCACGCUGCGCCCAGCCUCGCCGCGCCGCAACUGCUGCCGCUGCGCACGCGCUCCGCACGGCGUGGAGAGCGAGGCGUGGUGGUGCGGGGGCGGGGGCGGUGCGGGCGAGGCGGGCGGCGCGGCGGCGCGCGUGCGCUGCGUGUGCGGCGCGGCGGCGCGCCCCGCGCACGACCCGCCCGACGGCCUGCCGCCCGCCGCAGACCCCCUGCAGACCAGGCUGCAUCAGAUCAUAUUGUAUCAAAAGAAAGUAGUGGAAGAAUUGAGCGGGCAGCUGCGGGAAGCUAGGGAGGCGCUGCGGCGGGCGUCGCCGCUGGGCGCCCCGCCCCCCGCGCGCGCCUCGCCCUCCGCCCCCUCGCCCACGCAGAUGGCGGUGAGCGCCGCCAGUGGCAGUGCGGGCAGCGCCGGCAGCGCGGGUAGCGCGGGCAGUGCGGCCAGCGGUGCCGCCAGCGCCGGCAGUGCGGGUAGCAGCAGCGGCAGCGCCUCCGAGGUGGAGGUGGGCGAGGAGGCGCGCGCCGCCUGGCUGCCGGACUCCGCCGCGCCGCGCUGCCAGCACUGCCGCAACCACUUCUGGCUGGCGCGCCGCAGGCACCACUGCAGACGGUGCGGCGGUAUAUUCUGCGGCUCGUGUUCGGAGAUGAGUCCAUGGGGCGAGUGCGGCGCCGUGCGUGUCUGCCGGCGGUGCCGCGCGCUGCGGUGACCCGCCCCCGCCCCCGCCCCCACACACCUCCGCCCCCUAGCGGUCCCCCUCGGUCAUUCCUUCAUUCAUUCAAUAACAGCGAUAUCAUUCAAAUGAAUGAAGUGCUGUCAUACACUUUGCAGAACUCUCGACGAUUUAAUUACUCGACUGAUUUGUCCUUCGUCACAUCCCUAGUUCCUUCUCCGCUUUAACAUGAUUAUUUAAAACGCAUGUUAUCUGCGGAACAUUAAAAUCUGUUAUUCAAAUGUGACAUUUUAGUUAACAAGCUGCAAAUUUAUGUACAUAAUGAAAUUAUCAUUAAUGGACGUGGCGACCGCUCUGAACUUCAAAAUAAUUUAUUACCGCUUCCUUGAUAUCAUCCCUAUGUAAUACGACUAAUUUUGUAUAUGUAAAUAUUAACUAUACAAAUGUAGAAAUAACUCGCAUCUAACGUUGGAGCCUUAUUGACUAGUCAGAGUACCAGGAUGACAUAAGACGGGAGAAGUUCUAUUUGACGAUACGAUAUCAUAACUCCGAUUUGACAUUUGAGUGAGCAUUUUAAAUAGUUUUGUUUGUAUCGAAAAGUGACGAAAUGUAUUGAAAGUAAAGGAUUUAGUAUACUACGGGUGUGAAAGGGUUUAGUAAAAUUGACGAAAGGUUUAGGAAAUGAAUAGAGAAUGUUGUAAGGCUGAUUUCGAAUUGAAUAUUUCGGAGUUUUAGUAAAAGGAAAAUAUUGAAAUUAGACUUUGAACAGCGUCCCUUGCCAAACUAUGCCGAUAUAGACUGAUUAUGAUUUUAUACGGCGCGUGCUGUUUGGUUAAGGCUAACUGCAGACCCGGCGUGUGCUAGCAGUCCGCACUUUAACAUGAGAUUUUGUGUACACGGGUGCUUUUUUGUAAUAAAAUUUAUUUAUUGAAAAAAAAAUACAAAAAACACUUCAUAAACCAAGGAAAUUAUAAAAAUCUUGUAAAUAAUUUGCGGUUUUAUUGUGUUUUGUUUAGUUUUUUGUCCGAUUUUUUUUUUAUUUAGUGAGAAGCUGAUUAUUAUGUCAAAAGCACAUGUUCUAAAUAUAGAAAUGUUAAAGCCAAUUUUUUGUUACACAAAUCUCAUGGUAAAUAGUAUUGGACUUUUAGAAGACGAUUUCAUUUUUGUAUAAAUUCUGUUUUUUUUUCUUUUUUUUUUUGUAUCAUAGUGUUACAUUUGUUUUUAUUUUUUAUUAUAUUAUUUUGUACAGUAACGUUUUGUUUCACACGUGGUCAGUGAUAACUCUGAAGAUUGGCAUCUUGUUACACGACGAAACAUUUACAUAGAGACAUGAUUGAAAGUAAUUGAUCACGUUUUUGUUAAUGUUUCGUUAAACGCAUUGUAAAUGUUACUCUCAGAGUAUUCGGAUUAUAAUUUAGUCUAACUCGAAGUUCUGUAUUUUAUUUGUGAUAUUGAUGAUAAUUUUGUAUAAUUAAGAGUUUAAGAACAUGUUAGACUUUAAAUUUUACUGGUGAUUUUGUAACCCCUCAUCCCCUCAGCCCUGUGACGUCAUAAACUAUAUACAAUAUAUAUGUAGCGAUAUAUUUACAUUAUAUGCUGAUAACUAACGUAUAUUUCAUAGUAUAUUGACUUGUUUGUUACUAAGCAAAUGAAUUUUAUGUGAAAAACUAAACUCGCGAAUACGAACGAAAAAUAAAUAAAAUUGAAAUAUUUAGGUAUUUAUUCUUAUUUCAAUAAUUGUUUUUUUUUUAGUUUUUUCUUAUAAAUGUGUAAUAAAAUCAUAUGUUUAGUAAUAACAUUAAUUUUUGCUUCUUAUCUAAUCCUAUUUAACACGAAUCUUUUGAAAAUUAUAUAAAUUGAUAAAUAGGAGACUUAUGUUUGUCAAUAUUUUAUAUACAUUCACUAUGAAAUAACUAAAUCUGGUGUUACGAUUUACUGAAAGAUAGAAUUUGUAAGGUAAAUACAGUCUUCCAGUUUGAAAGGUUAAUUUAUUGUCAAUUCCAUUUAACCUGCGUUUCCAUCGCCGAAACAUUAAUAUAAAAACAUUGUAAUGACCAUUGACUUAAAAAACAAAUAAAACAUGUUUUUAUACAAAUGUUUCGCCAGUGGAGACUCAGGGUUACGAGACAGGAUACUUUGAGCAAUAUUUAUCCAGUAAAUAGAAUAAGUUUUGUUAUUUGAUGUGUGAAUGUUUAGAUAAUGGUAUGUCUGAGCGUGACGAAAGUAUGACUUGAGUUGCGUUUGUAUGUUGAUGUAUGGAUGUGUAUGAAGGGAUAGUGAAAGGAUUGUAUGAAUAACAUCCGUGAUCUACCUCUUAGUUGGGGGUGGGCUUUUCGCAAAUUGACUCACCGAAAUCAAUAUUCUAUCUUGAAAGAUUUUUUCGAUAACCAUUGUAAUUAUUUAAUAUUUUUGUUUAAAUGUCAUUUAGUUGGCGAGUUUGUAUUAUAUUUCAUACAUACUGUAUUAUAUAAUUAUUUUGUACUAAUUAAUAUAAUUUUCAGAUUGAAUAUUGAUUUCUACGAGUAAAAGAUUCGUGUUAAAUCCUUCGCUGUUUGUAUUAUUUAGUAAUAUAUGUCUCGGCGAGGGGAUUGUUGUUAACUUGAUAUAUUUUAUAUGUCGGCGUCGACUUGUUCGCGACCAAUUACUAUUGACACAAUGUGAAAUAAAGCAUAUUUAGUUUUAUGA